AUGCAAAAAGAGAGAAACAUAAGUGAUCUUCUUAGUAAGAAUAUUGCUGUAAAUGGUAUUCAAAGUAUACCAUUAUCGUUUCAAGAUUGUAUUAAAAGAAUAAUUGAAAAAGAAGGCUAUAUAAAAUGUGAUGUUGAAGUGAGCAAUUUCAACUCUGGUGGCGGUAGUUUUGCUGGGGAACUCUAUGAAGUUGAUAUUAAAGGUGACACUAUUGAAGGUGCGAAGAAAACGAAUGUUUUUAUAAAAUGUUUAGUAACUUUUAAUAACAUACAAUACGUCGAUGUAAGAGAAUUAUUUGCAAAAGAAGUUUUUAUAUAUAAAGAUCUGUCGAAAGUUUUCAACUUUCUUCAAGAUCAAGCAGACAUACCGCAAGAAGAGAGAUUUAAACUACCAAAAGCGUAUGAUGAAACAAAGCUCGAAGCGAUUAUUCUUGAAAACUUAGGCCAAAGAAAUUUUAAAACAUACGACAGAUUAAAAGUGAUGCCUUUAAAAUAUGCACAAUUGGCUGUCCAAGAAUUGGCCAAAUUUCAUGGUAUGUCGUUUGUCAUUGAAGAGAAAAUGCCAGAUUAUUUUGAAAAAAAUAUAAAAUGCUUGCAUCAUCCGUUUAUAUAUGACGAAGACUGGAAUGGCUUGGUCCGGAAUGUAUGUACCAAUUUAGCAAAACAAUAUAAAGAUGAUAAAAAGGUUAAAAUUGAAAAUUUUUUACGGGUGUUCUUGGAAAAAUUCCCAAAAUUUGGAGAUUAUAAUAAAAAUGUCAAAUGCUCCUUGACUCAUCAAGAUUAUCGGAUUAACAAUGUGCUUAAUGGUGAAGCAGUAGAAGUGAUCAUAAUAGACUACCAACUAAUGGACUAUGGAUGUCCAAUCCGGGACUUCUUGUUCUUUGUAUUCUCAGGGAGCGAUCAAAAAUUUAGACGGCGACACUUGAAUGAUCUCAAGAACUUGUACUUCGAGACGUUGUCGAGGUUCCUAAAAUACUUCAACAUGGACGUGGAGGCUAUGUACCCGAGGAAGGAGUUCGAGAAGGUUUACACUGAGUGGCUGGACUUCGGACUGAUGUCAGUACUUUUUGCUUCGGUGUUUCUUUUCGCACCAGACACUGGAUUAGAUUUAGAGAAUCUCAGUCUUUCGGAAUUACCGUUUUGUCCUGAUGAAAUUGUUAAGCAAAGACUCAAGGAAUUAAUUGAUGAUUUUAUUGAAUGGGGCUAUUUGUAA